GGACUGAAAUAAAGGGAAGAGAAUGUUCUGAGUGCCCUCAGUCUUACAGAAGAGGAUAUUAUAAGAUAAGAUAGAGAGAGAGAGGCAAGCAACUUCACAGGAAGACCUACCUGUAUUGGAACAAGCGUGCUGUAUUAUAUAUAAAGUGGACUGCACUCUAACUACAGUUUCUCUGUUUGGCUUCUGCAGUCUUCCUUCACUACCUUCCCUCACUAAAAGUUGCACGACUCGGUAGCUCUUACUAUUCUAGCAGUGACAUUUUUGGAAUGCCCAGGACUUGUGCAGAAGAAUCAACUACCAAGUCUAGUCUAAACACAGGAGAGGUAUCUAAUACAAUUGUACAGCCGGAUUUCAUGGGCGGAGCCUCUGAAUCUAACUCAAGUGAUCUAAAAGGUCAGCAGAAAGUGACUAGUUGUAGAGUUGAGAAGGUUCGUGUGCCUCAGUUACAUUUGAAUACUAAAGAUAUUGCUUCAAAUAAUCAAAUUUCUAUUGUAAAGCCAGAAAAGGACAAAAGAGCAAAGAGCUGCUCAUCAAGCAAAGGUUGGCAGCAGAAGCAAACUACCUCUCCAGUCACUACUCCAGCUUCAGUUGCAUAUCUUGAGUCUCCAGGUACUGUAAAGCCAUUCAAUCCUCCUGUACAGCAAUCACUCCCUGAACCAAGGCUCUAUCACUCAGGAGACUUCUCUUUAUCAUCUGACUUUGGACCAAAUUCUAGCUCCACUUUCUCAUCUCAAACAUUUCUUCCAGUUAUGGAUGGUCAUUUGCCAUGGCCUACUGUUCCUCAUCCCCAAGGGCCUCAAACUCCAGCUCCACCACCCCAUUUUGUGCAACAAGCAAACUUUAGAAUGCCAGUUGGUCCACCUCCUUCUUAUCCUGGCACUACUGGUGAUCCUUUCCACCCUCAGCAAGUUGAUGCUCAACAAAUGGUGCUGCUUCCUCAAGAAUUACAGUAUUAUGAACAUCCAAGCCAGCAGCAGUUGCCUCCAGAGUAUCAGGAUCAUAAUUUCUUAGCUGGUCCCAAUCCCUCUGAUGUACCAGUUGAUGGAUUAUCAAGGCAGUGCAAUAAUGAGUCUAUCCCACCACUCCUGUACCCAUCUGAAGGACCAUGGCAACAGCCUCAAGUCUCUACUGCAUGUCCACCAUUGAGAUCACAGUAUGAUGAAGCCACUCCUCACUGCAUGCAGCCUUCUUCACCUUUCUUUCCCUCUGAUAUAAUAUCUGAAAUACCACCUCACGAGUUGAGAGGGGAAUCUCAUGAUAGCCUCAUAUCUACUCCAAAUUCUAUUGGUGGUACUACAUCCAACAACUUAGUCUCUUCGCAGUCUUCAUCACCUACAACCACUCUAUCAGUAAUGGACUCAAUGGAAGGACCGGAAUCAGUUGGAAGUAAUGGCAAGAAAAUUCGUGGUGGGAGUGGGAAAAGGGCCAGGUCCAUGACAGAUGAUGAGCGCCGUAUGAAAGAAAAGGAAAGACGUAGUGCCAAUAAUCAGAGAGAAAGGAUAAGAGUGAGAGACAUUAAUGAAGCAUUUAAGGAGCUGGGAGACAUCUGUCACCAAUAUCUCCAAUCAGAAAGAGCUCAGACUAAACUAAUGAUACUCCAUCAAGCAGUUGCUGUCAUUAACAGCUUAGAAGUACAAGUAAAAGAUCGGAAUCUCAAUCCCAAGGCUGCUUGCUUAAAGAGGAGGGAAGAAGAGAAGGCACUACGUUUGAAUGCUCUUCCAAUGGAUCCCUUGGGAACAAGUCUUGACCAAUUAAACUCACCAAACUAUCUCACUUCUAAUAGUUUACUCACAACUUCCUCAGCGAUGCCAUCAGUUUGUUACAACACAACAUCUCCAACCCUACCUCCUAAUAGUAGUUCUUCAGUCCACUCACGUCCCUUAGUCUACACUCCCUCUCCUCCUUCAAUUGCUUCCACUGACAAAAUACCACGAAGAAGUGACCAACCAAUGAAACGUAGGAGCAGUGGAAACUUAAGCCCAACUUUACGCAAGAGUAAAGGUCGUAAUUUACCAAUCCCUAACAAUCUGGUCGUUAACAGUUCUGAUGUAACAGGUGUUCUUGAUCCAUCCUCUUCCUCAGCUUAUCCAGCAUCAAUGACAACUUCGUCUUGAUUAAAGAGGGAGUGAUGGAGGCACAGACUACUCUAGUAUGUGUGUUUUGGUCUAGUACAUGAUAAUGUUUUCAUAAAUCUUUUAUUCUGUCACCACAAACAUUAAUACACCAAAAAUUAUAUUAUUUUUUUUGAGCACAAAACACAUCAUUUCCUCAAUUCACCAACAUUACAACACUCUUUGUAAUAAACUGUAUUGAUACUUUUGUAUUACUAGUGUAGUCUUUUUUUCAAUUAAAUUCUGCAGUCUAGACUUUACUUUUGUAUUUUUUAUGUUUUGUAAUUAUUAUUUUGUGAUCACUUCAAUCAUUAAAUUCAAUUUGUCAG